AGGCCCUGCGAAUUCUUAUGUUUAGCGACAAAGAAUUUCUCCGGAAAUUACAAUUUGAAGAGAUUUUGAAAAACAGGAAUUUAUUUUCAAAUGUAUUCAGCCGGAGAUAAUGAGGAGUUGAAAUGUUUCCGUCGCGAAUGGAUGCAAGAACUCAGCAAAACAAAACAAGAUAUACAAGUCCACAAGGGGAAUCUGGAAAAAUGUCAAAAUUUCAAACAAGGCGACAUUGAGAGAGCGUUUGUUGAUUUCAAAGAGGAAGUACGUCAUUUUCAUCCUGUAGGAUGCUCCACGGAUAAAUCGUGCUCUGUAAAAUUUCCUAAGACGACAGAAGAAAAAUCAUCUGUCAAUGUAAAUGAUGAUAUUGUUCUUUUGAAUUUACCGCAACCUCAAACUGGAGAGGUUAACAAUGACACACCGAGUGACUCAAAAGUACAACAAAAAUUGUUCUCUGAAAAACUUGAUAAAAGAAAGAAGAGUCUUCUAGAUCAACUGAUAGAAGACAUUGAUGAAAUUACAAGUAUUCCUUUCUUUGAUUUGAGCUUACCCAAAGAAGUGGGAUUACAGAUUUUCACUGACUUGGGAAUCAAAGACCUUUGUGCUUGUGCUCAGGUUAGCAAGGCCUGGAAAAUUCUGGCAGAGGAUGAACUGAUAUGGUACCAUGUAGGUUGUAAACUAGGUUAUGUUCAAAAGAGACACUCUUCCACCAUAGACAGAGAAAACUGGAAAAGUUUUGUACGAGAUAGCAUUUUAGAGGAAAGAGAAUUGAGAAGGAACUGGAAGGAAAGAAUAUGCAGAUUGUCCAGUUUGGAAUUUGAGAGAGGUGGAGGUCUCUGUGCUGUUUCUGUCCAUGGAAAUUUCAUUUGUUCAGGAUACUCAAGUGGUGCAGUCGUUGUAUGGGAAGGAGAUGCUGAAAAUGUGUCAAGUUACAGAGAACUGAUCUCAUCCGAUUCAGUGAAUUCACAAAGACAGAGAGUGCAUGUCACAUCAACUACCAUCAACCAGAAGUUGUGUGUAGCUGGGUUUGACAAUGGUGAUGUUUGUGUAUGGUCCCAUAACUUGAGUUCCUCACCGCUGUACCAUUUUCACUGUCACGAAUCUAUUAAGGGUGUUUCAUUGGCCACAAGUGGUCCACUAGCAUUUGUAGCCCUGUCAGAUCAUGUACUCAAGGUACAUACCAGUGAUGUCAAUGGACAGUGGUCAUGUGUAGAAUCAAGGAAUUAUGAGAAGAUUGGCAACACCAUGUUUAUCCCAAACUCUGCUUCACACUCAUUACCUGAACAUGUUGCCAUAGCAACUCAAGAUACUGUGUCAAUCCUGGCACCUGGCAAAGGUCUUCUAUCAACAAUGGAUCAUGUGAUUGGUGGAAAGUUAACUUGCAUGGACUGUACUCCAGAUCAGCUUGCAAUUGGUGUGGGUUCAUAUGGAUAUGGAACCCUCGGAAACAAAGUGCGCCUUUAUAGUCUGGAAACCUCAAAAAUGAUUUCCAUAUUGGGAUCUCACUAUCGCGAGAUCACUUGUCUUGAUCUAGCCAAUUGCCCUCCACAUCGUCUCGUGACAGGCAGCUACGAUUGCAGGGUACGCGUGUUUGACCUGCGCAGUGAAAAGAUGGCGCUUUCAUUUCACUUGGGACACAAAAGAGCUGUAACUGCGGUGCAAAUGGACGAUUGGAAAGUGGUCAGCGGUGCAGAGGAUGGAACGUUGGUGGUCUGGGACCAGCGGAUGACGUCAACUUUAUGGACGACUCAUGCGCGACACCCUGUGAGACUCUGCAAAUUUCAAGGUCCCCGGAUGAUCACGGCAAACAUUCCAUUGGAUAGAACACCACGUGAUAAUCUUUGGUAUGCAGAUGAUUUGAUUCUUCAUCGACGUCAUCGAGGAGUCAUUCGCACGUUUGACUUCUCGGCGAGCAAUGCCACAAAGGGAAUCCCGGAGAUUUGCUCUUCAAAUUAUGACGACACCAGUGGGUACAACUACAAUAUUAAACUAAGCGUGCCAUACGACAGUAUAGAGAUGUAGGGCUUCUGACAGAACUUGCAUUUUCUUCUUUGGACACAGUCCCGUAGUUAAAGUUGCAAAACUAAGAACAUUUUAUCUCAGAGAGAUUUAACUGCUGACGAUUUGCAGCCCCUUUUGGUAGCGAUUACAUAACUCUUGCAAAGCAAUUCUUGAAAACCUACAACUCCUGUUUGAGUCAAUACGAAUCAGUGAAGAGUCAAUGUGGUGAAGACUACAUACAAAGUAUCGUUCUCCUCA